UUUCCAACGUUACUAGUGAACACAUGACCAAUUAGCGAAAUAGUCCAUUUUAUUUUCGAGCGAUGGCGCGCGAGUUUGACCACCUUUUCAAACUGCUGAUUAUCGGUGAUAGUGGUGUCGGCAAGAGCUGUUUGCUGCUGCGUUUCGCGGAUAACACUUUUUCUGGCAGUUACAUUACAACGAUAGGUGUUGACUUCAAAAUUCGGACUUUAGAGAUUAAUGGUGAGCGAGUGAAGCUGCAGAUAUGGGAUACGGCGGGACAGGAGCGUUUUAGAACGAUUACCAGCACUUAUUAUAGAGGGACACACGGAGUCAUCGUAGUUUACGAUGUUACUAAUGGAGAGUCCUUUGCCAAUGUCAAAAGGUGGCUUCAUGAAAUUGAACAGAACUGCGAUGUUGUGAACAAAGUUUUAGUUGGUAACAAGAAUGACUGCCCAUCACGGAAAGUCGUAGUAACAGAGGACGCACAGAGGUUUGCUAACCAGAUGAACAUACCGUUGUUUGAAACAAGUGCAAAAGAAAAUAUUAAUGUUGAGGAAAUGUUCCUAACUAUCACAAAAAUGGUUCUACGAUCGAAGUUGGAAAUGAAGGAACGACAGAAUGUAACGUCAAAUGACACAGUGCAUCUAAAGAAAAGUCACAAAAGCAGCAAAAAGAAGUGUUGCUAGUGGCUAAAGUGAGUGUAUGUAAAGCUUACACAAUGCUCAAAUACAGAGAGAUAUGUUGCGCAACCCAGGCAAGACGGUGAGAUAGAUAAACAAUGGUCCAAUAAUACAUGAAUUAGUUUUUAAUGGUCGUGAAAGAAACAUAUGAAGGUCUUAUACCAAGACUUAAGUUGAGAAAACGGUCCUUCAACAAUACUGUAGAGUAACUGUACUAAUAGAAAAAUUAUUGCCCACCAAACUGGCAAGGUGAAAUUUAAUUAUUGACACUUGUACACUGGGCUCUUCCGUCGUUUUGUCUAUGUGUUUUCUUAAGGUGCAGGUAUUGAGCUCUAUUCAAAUACAAAAGAAAAGCAACCUUACAUAUUUGUUGAGUUCAUUAGCCAUAAGUAAAAAAGCUUGUCAUCGUAAGAGAGCACAGCUAUAGAUGAGAAAACAUGAUAACUCAAAUUAUUUUUAUGUCGUAUCAAUAGUUAACAUUACAAAAGUAACACAACGCACUUUUUCUGUAGAGACAUUUUAAACAUAACAAACAAAUUUGAAAUUUUGUUGAGAUUUUGGUGUUGUUGAUGUAAAUGUAUCAAGGCUCAUACUGGUUACCAAACUGACCUUCAAAAUGCUAACAUUGUUUCUUAAAUUAGCUAUUUCGUCAGGUAACUAACGCCAAGACACGGUGAUUAUAAGCCACAGGCCCUUAUUCAGUAUAUUACUUUUCGAAUUUAAAUACUACCAAACUAACCAAUACCAUGUUCAUUAUGACCUGAAUAAUAUUUUGAGCCUAAAUGAAUCCCAACAAAGUUAAAAAAGCUCUGGGUUGGACAACCUCAUAUUUCGAGCAUGUAUAUGGAAUAAAUGACUCCAAAAAUUACAUUAGGAUGUUACAAAUGCAUAGUUAAAGCCUAAUAAAGGUUGACUAUUCUGUUCCAUACAUUUUUAAACCUAAAUUAAAUUUAAUAAUUAGCAGUAUAAAUUCUUUGUAUGAAUUUGUUAUGCUACCCGCGCACUAGUACGCGUUGCAUUGUCAUCGUCGUUAUCGGACAUUCGGGCGCUUAUUUACCUAAACUUCACUUAUAUCUCCACGAAAUAAUAAUAUGUAUAUGUCUUUCUGAAUAAAAAUAUAUAAAUCAAUUUCAGUCAAUCCCAGGUUCUCAGAUUGAGUUCUUAAUAUUGUCUACUAAAUAACUACAAAUUAUACAAAACAACAUUCGUAAUAAUUAUUUAGUAAGGAGUAUAGAAGCAAUGUACAAUCAAUUAUACUUUGACGCCGAAGCGCGUGACGUGAUUUGGAAAGUAUGGAGAUGAUCACUUAAGGGAUAAUCAGGGGACCGAGGCACCAGUAUCACUUGUAUAAAUACUUUUACGAAGUACCCAAGCCGUGAUAAUAACAUUUUUACAGAGGCUAACAGUUUAUAAUAAUAAUCGGUGCAAAUACCGUUUCAAAAGUAAGUUCGCAUACAUUAAAUAUUCAAUAAAAAAAUAUUACUAGAAGUUCUGUGAUGAAUGAAAUUAUGUGCAUAAAUAUUAUUUUCCAAUAACAGGACUAAAGUCAUAGACAUUUAUAUUAUUUCUUCGUGAGCGGGAAAAAUCUGGAAGUUUAGGUAAAUAAGCGGCCGAAUAUCCGCUCACUGGCUAUCAUAAAUGUGGAAGACGUUAUUAAGAUUUGUCCAAUUGUUUUAGGUUUAUAGAAGUGUGUUUCAGAAUAGACAUCCAUGUAUUCUCAUUAUCAAAAUUUAUGUGAUGGAGUGUCGUGUAUGAUAUGGGAAAUGUGUAUAGAAUAAAGUAUACCACUAAUUUAAAGUUAAUUUUUUCUUAUUCAAUUAUUUAGUAUUUAUUGUAUGGGAAUUCUUGUAUCAUAAGAAUGUGUAGAACAAUGGUUGGUGUUGAUUAUGUUGCGUAUUUUCUGUAAAUUAAUUUGUUUGGAAUUCAAAGGUGGCAACAACUAAAAAAAAUAUUCACUUAUGCUUCUAAUAGGGGGACUUAAGUAAUAUUUUAAGCUUUAGGGUCAAAAAGUAGUUUUCGCUUUUAAUGGCUUUUAAGUGAAAAACUUCUAAACUUAAGAACUCGUAUAUUGCAAAAUAUUGCUGCUUUACAAAACUCUAAGCCUAUGCAUAUGUUUUCUGUAUAAACAAAUUUGUAAAAUAAGAAACAUACAAUAGUGUAAAAGCAGUCCUUGACAAACUUAUUUAACAUGAAAAAUAAUUGAACUCGGUUGUAAAACCAAUCGAAAUCUAGCCAUCCUCAAUUUACUUGUAUGCUGAAAUGUCAUUUAUGUGCUAAAUGAAUCACUUGACCUGUUUAUCGAACAGUGUACUAUUAAAUAGGUGAAUUUUUUUUCACUUAGUAUUCGUUAUGACGCGAGAUGGACACGGUCCAUUAAUAGUUACCUACAUUUGCAGUACUAAAGAAGUGUACACAUAUCAAAGUGAAAUCUCAUUACCACCUUUCGAGCUCCGCUGCUUUAACAAUUAAUUUAAAAAUUUAUCAUUCGUAAAAUGCGCAAUAAAAUUAACAUCAUGAUUAUGUAACAUGAUAAUAUUAUGUUUUAAAAUUAUUAAAAGUAUUACUUUCAAUAGUAAAGCAUUAAUAAAAUGAUAACUUGGGUAUCUAUGAAUGAGAAAACUGUCACUGAGUGAUUAUUUGUUUGGCUUAAUUGUCAAAUUUUGAUAUGUUGAAAUGGAACUUAGGUAAAGGAGUAGAUAUUGAACCAUUCACUUUAAGCUUACAGAGCAACUAUGCAGAUUAAUUAUGGUGUUACCACACUUAUCGAAACAGAAUCUACUUGAAGUAGCUUUAUGUACAUGAAUAAAAGCUCUUUAAUUAUGCGUUUCACGUGUAUAAGUGUGGUGUAACCAUAAAGUUCCCUAAACAAAUUGUUUCUCAAUCUACCAGUAAUGACCACCUAGGGAGAUCCCGAUCAGGCACAUGUAUCCAAAAUAAAUUUGCAUGCAGGGCUAAAUAAAUUGUUAUAGACAUCAUUUACUAAAUUAUAUACCAAGAGGCCGUAAAGAUAUCAUUUAUUUGUUAGUGGUCCAGACCACAUAAAUUAUGAUCAAAAAAGAUUACUGAACUUUACAGUUCUAGAUUUUCUGUGCCUGCAAUGGUUCCAACCAAGCGUUCUGACUCCCACUCAAUCGCGCUCAGCUACCUUUUUUAGGUCGUCAAUGCAGUCACUGCUCUCACUAUACUCAUAUAUAAUAUACACACAUAAACUAAGUUAUUUGAAACCAAAUGUUAAAAAAACAAAUCAUAAAAACAUUUGUCAAAAAUCCAUUAAUCAAACCACAACAAAAAUCUUUAGUCUUGUCUUUUUCUCAAAACUGUUGACACGUUAUUGCUUAUCAACAUCGAAUUAUUAGAUAGCCUGUCAAAUUUAUAAUCGUGUUUUUGAAAAUUUUGUUCACCAAUUAGCAUUCAAAACAGUUUAAUAACCGGCAGUUUGUGCAACUUGAUGCGUGACUGGUACAAUGGGUUUUUUAACUACAUAUUUGUGGUGGUACUUAUAAUACAAUAUGUAUUCCUUUCUAAUUUCCACUAUGUAAACCUAAAAAUCCAGUGUGUAUUAGAACUUAUGAAGUGAUAUCAUAUUUAUAAUUUUUAUAAUUUAAGUAUUGGCAAAGUAUAGACACAAGAGUUAGUAGUGGUAAAGGCAAAAAUUCCAAAUUAUUUUUUUAUUUAUUUAACAACCUAUGUUUGUCUGUAUUCGUUUUACGAUCUUACUCACCGAGAGCGAAUCGACUUGGUUCCCAUAUAAAAUAGGCCGUGCGCCAUUAUGGGAAUUAUGUAGCUCUUGGUGUGUGGAGUUUUUAAGUGUUGCGAUUAGUCAUUUGUAUUAUUAUUCUUAUUGUUUGGGUUCCAUAUCGAGUGCAUAUGUGUACUAAACAUUAACAUAUCUUUAUAAUUUGUUUUCAUGCAAAUUUAUUAAAAAACAUCUUCUAUUAAUGUGUCUUAUGAUUCAAUUUUACAAUAUAAGCAGCUUUUAUUCUACAACAUUUGGGAACUUCGAACAUAGUUCCUUGUUUCCAGGGAAAUUAUUUGUUCAGGUUUUUGUUGUAUUUUCAAAAGUUGUAGAAGAAGAGUUGUUUGUUUUAAUGAUCUCUUGAUUUAUUAGAUUGUUAAAACACAUUGAUAUGGAGCCCUCAUGUAUUCGGCUAUAGGUGUUUUUUAUUACUCUGUGUUGUAUUCUGUCAUAUGUAGUCAUUUCAUUGCUACCAAAAACGUGGAGGAUUCUUCGUAAUUUAAGAUGACGGUAUACACAGAACACUUGUAGGCAUAAACCUAAUUUUCUAUUGAUGGAGUGGUUUAUGUAAAUCCUUUGACAACCCUUUUGAUGGUAUUAUAUGUACAGUCGAUGACCUAAGGUACCUGGCACCAUAAAUCACCAUUUGGUGCUGUCUAGGUAAGUGUGAAGAAAAGUGUUAAACAAACUUAACCUGUGAGCCAUAAAAUAAUUUUCGGUACGACUUCCUUAUUGCUAUCAUUAGUGAAUGAUGUCUUAAGAAACUUUGAAGUUAAUUUGGUCUUCAAUAACAUAUAUGUGUACUAUAGUGUGUUGAUUUACAUUCUCGCCAUAUUUAAGAAAUAGAAAUAAUGCUAAAUCACCUAUAAAUAUAAAAAAAUAUAUUCUGUUCAAUAUUCUGGCUAAUUGUAUCUAGUAGUUUUGUAAAAUCGCCCCUAAAUCGUAAAUAAAAAAUGAGAAUUUAGGUUCUUUUUUCGAGUUAUUUUUUAAUGAUUUGGGUUCAGUUUCGGAUAUAGAAUGACCUCUGUAAAUAUGGCGAGAAUG